CGAAUCAUUUUCAGUACAAACUUUGCGUCGAGCACACCUAGAACCCACUCCAAUAAAAUAAACGCUGCCUGUCACGCUCUACAAGAUGAACUAUCUGCUGAUCCUUGGGUGUGUCCUCAUGAUGAUGUGGCCGAAGUACGGCGACUGCCUGCGCAUGAAGCGUUCUCAAGGCGAUGCUGCAAGUGAUUAUAACAAAACCACUGCAAUGGACAAUAGCGCUUCACUGAGCGGAAUGGCCACCGUGUUGACCAAUAGCACCAUGGCCAUGGCUAACAUGUUUGCAGCCACAUCUCCGAAGCAGAAGAACACUACUGGACCUGGGCGCACAACGGGGGCUCGUGGAAAAACCACCAGCUCCACGACCACCACCACAUUAUCAUCCUCACUUGCUGCUGUGGCAUCCACAUCCCCGCCGCCGGAUGCCGGAAAAUUCCAGCUGGUGGAGGAUCUAAUGGGACUGCGACGUCCCAAGAGGCGCUUGGGUAGCCUGCUGGAGGACAGUCUGCAGCCACGACAAUUGCACCACAAGCGUCGCCAGGCGGGAGAAGCUGCCUUGGUGGCCACCUCACUGCCACCCAAUCUGAAUCCCAAUCCUAAUCCCAGUACCAAUCCCAAUCCCAAUCCCAAUCCCUAUGUGUACUACAACAAGUUGGUUUCGCCCGAUGGCAAGCACGAGGUGAAUGAGUUUGAGCUACUUUCGCCUAACAUGAUGAUUGAGAGUGUGCAGCAGGAGCUGAACUACGGCCCGGAAGUUCUGCCACCGGAAUUGGCAGGAGUGCUGCUGCUGAAUGCCGCCGAGAACACUCCACGCGGACUCCAUAAUGCAGCGCCAGUGAAGCACCAUCGCAAGCACAAAUCCUCGCCGGCUUUGCCACCGAUGCUCUACAUGCUGCAACAGCUGUUGCAGCCCCCCUUUGAGGGGAAUCUGUUGAUGGAAGCACCAAAGGAGCCGCAGCGUCGCGUUAGUUCGCCCCUCUAUCAAUUUCUCGAUGGCGCCAUGGAUCUGGCUUUGCGCAACAGUCCCGAUGUCAUCGAUCACCUGCUGGGGGAUCACCUGGAGCUGGAGCUGGAGAUGGAAAAAAUGAAGGGCCUCAAGGAUAAGGCACAAGCGAAGAAGGCCAAGAAGGAGGCACAGAAGAUGGAACCCAAGGAGGAGCUCAUCAUCAGCUGUCCCAUCCACCACGAGCACCAUGCCAAUCGCAAUGGCGACGUGGUCGAGGAUGAUGUCGUCCUGGUCAACGAGUGCCAUCUGGUCUAGAUCUGCGCAAAAAAGGGCAGUUGUCACAAGGUUUCUUAAAAAUUUUAGGUUACUUGUUUUCCGCAUUCGUUUUUGUUUUCAUUUUGUUGGUGCAACUGGAAGAAGUCGGUCUAAUGUGCUUAUAUUUGUUGCACAUUUAAGCCCGAAUUUGUACUGUACACAAAAACUUAACAAUAAAAACUAAAUACACGUCAUAAA